AUGUUCGCAAAUCUCCAGAUACGACCUGCACCUGCCAAGACUCGACGCCGCAAGCCUAGCUUAUCCAUCCGCGCUGGCGUCACAAAGCGCAGAGUUUCGACUGUGUCGGCAGUGAGUGCUAGCAAUGUGCCAUCGAUGAGCUUUAUGGAAGGGCUGUUCGGCGAUGAGUUCCCCGAAGCCUUUGGGAGUGGGGCUCAGAACAAGAAGACCAUCACAGACUUGCCAACAGAGCUUCUCGAAAUCGUAUGCGAACAUAUCUCUAAGCUCGACAUCAAGCGAUUGCGGCUCGCGAGCAAGCAUUUGGCGUCGAGCGUGUAUCUGCGCAUAGAUCGCAUUUAUGUCUCGCCUAAUCGAGCUAAUCUGGACUAUUUGCAUCAGAUUCAGGCCCAUCCUACAUACAGAGGUCGUGUGCGCGAGAUUGUCUGGGACGAUGCUCUGCUCAACGAGUAUUCAACCUUGAAGGAGUUUCGCGCCGCAAUUGUUGCCGACGAAAGAGAGACUACUAGGGCCAUCGAAAGCCGACUUGAGGAAGCCAUGGAGAUUUAUGGUGAUGAGAACCCUGAGUACCGGUCAUUGGAGAUGGAAGACCUACUACAAGAUGGUCGACUAACUGAGGUUGCGAAGGGAAUUCUUCUGCGAUAUGACGAUCAGUUCUCAAGAGACAUCCUUGCUAGGAAUGCCACAAUGAUGAGCAUUGAAGACAGCUAUGUGCUAUACCAGGAGCUAUAUCGUCAAGAACAGGAGCUUGUGGAACAGCAAAUCGACGCAGCGGCACUACAUCAAGCGCUAGCUGGCUUUCCAAACGUAAGGAGAGUUACCCUCACGACCGAUGUUUGGCCCGCGUGGAACAUCUUACCUCGAUACAGCACGCCCUAUCAUCGUUCGUUGCCUCUAGGUUUCCGCAAACCAGCUGUCUGGCCAUGGCUUCGACCUCGGGAGGAAUCAGAGACUAUACUGAAUCAGUGGCGCUCUCGUAAUGCCAAGCUCACCAAGGACGGAGUUCUCCUGCCAGGAGAACACAGGAGUUAUGGCGUUGUGGUUUCAGCUGUACUCACCAUGCCAAACCCACAGAUCGAGGAGUUCGUUAUCGAAUCCGAACACCAAGCGAAUUGCUAUCACCACUGCUUCCUUGUCGAAACUUCACGCAACUACCAAAUCACGAAACAAAUGUUCCAACGGACACCCCUGAAGCACCUUAAACUAAUUGUCACUCCUCCAAACGACUAUAUCAUGAAUCCAGAAAGCUUGACCAAUCUCAAGUCCUUACUGGCAGAACUACAGUAUCUCGAGCAUCUCGACCUCGGCUUCAACGACAGUAGAUCAGGCCGGACGUGGCGCUUCUUUCUGCGAUUCAAUCCCAUCCCUGAGACUAUGAGAUCGCGUCUGCGGAGUCUCACUCUGCGGAAUGUAAAGUUGUCGGAGCAAGACCUCUGCAACAUGCUUACGACAUCGCCAAACUUACAGCACGUUACAUUCUAUGAUUGUUUCCAGCGCAUGCGUCCAGGAUGUGGAUGGCCAUGGCUCUUCCGACAACUACGAGAGUAUUACAAUCGCGAAAUCAAUGUUAGCAAACCAAGUUUUACGGUUGUGGCACCACUGUCUCGCCAGGACUCACAACUUGUGGAUGAGGAAGUGGAUGCUUUUUUGUAUGGCGACGACGACGCUGAGAAUCCAUUUGUCACUCGGCCACCAAAACCAGGAGCUAACGCGAUUAAACCACACAUGGGGUGGAAGGUUUGGAAUCGCGAUGGGAGCGUUAGGGAGCGGAUGACUGAGGUGGCAGAAAGAGAGGAGAUGCAAGAGCGGGAUGAGGAAAUGUAG